ACUCUGCCACGGGCGACAGCUGCAAUAGCUGACAUGUCGACCACAGGUGGGACGCCUGUAGACAGGAGAGAGCGGGAGGUCUCGCCCGAGGCGGCUCCGCUGGCGGCGGUCGUGUCGGAGCUCGACCUGGAGACGGUGACCAUGGAGGAGCUGGAGGCUCUGGCAGGAACGGUCGGUGGCAUUCCGCUCGAGAUGUCGUUCUCGCGCUCGCCAUCGAGCGCACUGACGGCAACGCCGAGCUCGUCGCGGUCGGCUAGCUCGUCGAGAUCGCCAUCGCUCUCGGUCACACCGAGGGUGGACGAGGCCCAGAUCCGCGGCGGCGCGCUCGGGCAUCAGUUUGCGCUGCUUGAGGCUGCGGUCCGCGAGAAGGACGCCAUGCUUGCCAACAUUGGCAAGCAACAUCUGCUCGAGCUCAAGGUGCUGCAGGACCAGGUCCGUGCGCUCAUGCGUGAGCGAGGCGAGCUGGAGAGCAGGAUCGACAGUGCCGAUCGCAGGCACGCUGCGGCGCUCCGGGCGGAGCGACGCAAGGCCGACGCGGCCGUCGGGGCACUCCGCGAACAGCUUGCGGCUCUUGAGGAGCGUGCGCCGGUGGUGGCGUCGCGGAUGGCGCUCUCGACCGCCGACAUUGCCACGCUUCGCGUUCCAACCGACGCCCAGUAUGCCAAGCUGUCGCGGACGCCGGCGUCGCGGCGGUCGAUCAAGGCCCAGCUGGCGGUCAAGGUCUAUGAGCUGACCGAAGCCAUCCGUGCCGACGCGGUUGCAGCCGACACCCGGUUGCAUGCCCUCGACGACACGGUCGAGUCGGCCAAGGCCAACGUGGUGCGGCUGACUCGCGAGCGCGAUGCGCUCACCACCAAGGUCGCCCAUCUCGAGUCGGAGCUGGCCGCGACGUCGUCGAUGGCGGCCAAAGAUGCCGCACUUCUCUCGUCGCGGCUCUCGGUCGCCCGCGAGGAGUUGGCAGCUGUGAAGGAGGCGUCGGCUGCCGCGCUCUCGGCCCGGUCCGAGCUCGAUACGGCCCGAUCGCAGUCGGCGCGAUACCGGGCGCAGAUCGAGGACCUCACCGCCCGGCUUCGGGCCGAGGAGGGCGCACGAGCGCAGGCGGCAGCCAAGGCUGGUACUCUCGAGUCAGAAAACAAGGUGCUCUCGUCGUCGCUAGCGCAUGUCAAGGACGAGCUCGCGUCUCUGCGGCAGUCGUCAGGCGAGGCCGGCGCGGCACUGCAGACUGCGCUGUCGCAGAAUGCGGCGCUCAAGGCCGAUCAGGAUCGUCUGUAUGCCAAGUUUCUGGAGUUCAAGUCGCACUCGGACACACUCUCCGACGGCCGGCUCGCCGAACUGGUGGGCCUCUUUCAACGCAACACGGCGGCGACGCACGCAUCGGUCACUGACGCCACGUCGUCCGCAUACGAGCGCGAGCUCUCGCUCCUCCGCGAGGCGCGAGCCGAAGCCGCCGACCAGGUCCGAUAUCUCAAGACCAAACUUGAGGCUGCCGAAGCCGCGCACACCACGCUGCUCGGCGAGUACCAGAGCCUUCAGCUCUCGAUCACGUCGUCGGCCGCGCAGCAGGCGUCCGAGGUGACAACCAAGACCAUCGAGCUCGAGCGACUGCAGGUCGCGCACAAAGCGCUGACCGAGGCACAUGCCCGACUCGGCAUUCAGCACGAUGCACUGCUGCAAAAGCUCGACAUUGUGCGGGCCGAGUACGCGUCGCUCACCGAGAGCUCCGAGGCCAGGACAAGCGAGCUCUCGCAGCAGGUCGCCAACUUGCAGCUGGCGCUUGCUGCCGUUCCGCAGUGGACCGAGGCUGAUCCCGGACGUGCGGGCAACUUGCUCGAUGCCCACGCCGCGGCGCAGGCCGAGCUCAAGACCGCGUCGGCCAAGAUUGCCGAGCUCGAGGCUCAGCUCGCUGCCACGCGGGUCCGCCUCGACGACUCGCUGGCCUUCCAAGCCGCCGCCAAGCAGCCGUACGCGUACGUUGUCCAGAGCCUGCUUGACAAAGACGCCGAGCUUGCAGAUGCGCAGCGUGCGCUGGAGGCCGCUGCCGCCGACGCCGCCGCCGCCGCCAAGGCCAACGCGCGGCUGGAGGCCGAGAAGGAGCGGCUCUCGCGCGACCUGGUCAAACUACUGGAAUCGCGCAAGGACAUGGCCGCGCUGCGGACCAUGGUCGCCUCGCUCAAGGACGACGCCACCCGCGCGCGCCGCGCGCCGCUCGCUGAUGUCACCAGCAACUCCCAGUCGCCGCCGAUGCGCGGCCCUGCCAUCAGCUCUCAAGCGGCCACUGGCCCUGCCUCGCGACCGCGCCCGGCUGCCUCGGCCAAGCGUGCCAGCAACGGUGGCGGCGGCUUGAUUGUCAUGCAAAUGUGA